AGGUCAAGGUCUUCUGUAUAAGAUGACCAAGUCCCAAGUUACUACAUUGUGGUAGUGCUACUUUUACUUCAGGAAAGACUAAGGAUACGUCCGAGUUUUGAUGAUUAAAGUACUGUCUGAGCAGCGAAAUCAGUCUUCAUCAGGGGUUUGUCAUGAAAUAAUAUGGCCUUAUUUUGAAAGCGCCGUCCGGAAGUGUGGUAGCGCUAAGCGCAGCUUGUCGCGAUCAAUUGCGAACAUGUCGGCUUCUUUCGGACCCAUGAGAAGCCGUUUCUGGACUCUCUGUCCGGUCCGUUUGGCUGCAGGGCUGCAGAGGACUCAGCCGGUCCGGGUUCGGGUCGGAGGCCGGCUGCUGUCACACACACCGACAGGUGAAGACCGUCGGCCGCUGGAGGGCGUCAGAGUCUUGGACCUGACCAGAGUUCUGGCGGGUCCCUUUGCCACCAUGAUCCUGGGAGAUCUGGGAGCUGAGGUGAUCAAAGUGGAGAGACCAGGUGCGGGUGACGACACCAGAGCCUGGGGUCCGCCGUUCGUCGCUGCCGAGAGCGCGUAUUUCCUCAGCGUCAACCGAAACAAGAAGAGCAUUUGUGUUGACCUGAAACACCCCAGAGGAGCAGACGUCAUCCAGCAGCUUGCAGGAGUGUGUGACGUGUUGGUAGAAAAUUACCUUCCAGGGAAACUUGAGCAGAUGAGUUUGGGAUACAAGCAGCUGAGCAGAGUGAACCCACAACUCAUCUACUGCUCCAUCUCAGGUUAUGGACAGACUGGUCCUCAGUCUCAGAGUCCAGGCUACGACUCCAUCGCCUCCGCUGUCUCAGGGAUGAUGCACAUCACCGGGCCAGAGGACGGCGAGCCAGUGCGUCCAGGCGUCGCCAUGACAGACCUGGCAACGGGGCUGUACGCACACGGAGCCAUCAUGGCCGCCCUGCUGCAGCGACACAAGACGGGGAGGGGAGUCCAUAUUGACUGCAACCUGCUGUCAUCACAGGUUUCCUGUCUCAGCCAUAUUGCUACUAACUACCUGAAUGCGGGGAAGGAGGCAAGACGCUGGGGGACGGCCCACGAGAGCAUCGUACCUUAUCAGGGCUUCAAAACCAAAGAUGGACACAUUGUGGUGGCUGCAGGCAACGACAAACAGUUUGUCAAAGUCUGUCAGGUUCUGCAGCUGAUGGAGCUCGCAGACGAACCAAAAUACAAAACCAACAAGCUAAGAGUCCAGAACCGCAAACAGCUGCUACACACACUGUCACAGAGGUUUCUGCAGGAGAGGACGGCUGAUUGGCUGAGGAGGUUUGAGGGCUCAGGUGUUCCUGUCGGACCAAUCAACAGCAUCCAGGAAGUCUUCUCUGAUCCACAAGGUUUUUAGAUGGUUUGGAAGAUCCACAACCAGCCUCUUCUCUGCUCUGAAACACGUUUCUGUACCGGAUAAAUCAUCACGAUGAAUCGCUCUGUCAUCACAGGGAGUGCUGAGUCAGCAGGGAGAGCCUCUUACAAAAGACAUUUUUUUUGUAAUGGAGCCAUCAACGAGUGUCAAAGAAUGAAUCCUAUUGGCAAAAGAUGUGUAGGUAAACGCUGUGGGCCUUUUCUUUGAAUCGCUCACAACUUCCUUUUAAAAACUGCUUUACAAAUAAACCUUUGCUGAAUUUUGCAGGAUGUUAUCAGUCUGUUCCCGGGUGGAACAUCCGUCACUUGGGGGAUGGAAAUCACAGAUGACGACCCAAAGCUAAACAACUGCUGCUUAGAAGGCAAAAUGUGAUCCAAAUAAGGAAGAACACUGAGGGGUAGUUAUGGUUUUAGAACUUAGAGGCUUUAAAUAAGGCAGCGGUUUGGAUUUG